AUGACUGCAAAUUCUACUGAUUCAACAAUGAUGCCACUUAAUGCUCCUGUGCUAAUCCGAAGUCGAUCAUGCACUAUUUCUACUGAACCUGGUAGGGAAGCCACGGACGAUAGUGUUUCCAGUUUUGAUGGAGAAGUACAUAUAGCUCGAGACGGCUUACAAGAGAAUUCAUCAUACUUUAAUGCAGAGCUCAAUGAAAUUGAAGAAGAACGAUUAAUGACGUUGGUUCUCACGUAUGAAAUACGAAAGAAUGAUGUUCAACGUCUUCGCAAACUGAAAAAUUUCGAAAUUGUCAUUCUUUGUGACGAUUCUGGAACGAUGACAAAUUUUGUUGAUGGAACGACACGUACUCGGUGGGAUGAGUUACGAAUGUUUGUACGUUUAGUUGUAGAAAUCGGUACGAUAUUUGACUCGAAUGGAAUUAAUAUACAUUUUCUCAAUAGACAAAACUCUUAUAGAAUUACCAAUCCUAAAGAUGUAGAACGAUUAUUCAAGAUUCCUCCACGUGGUUAUACUCCAUUGGCUCGUGUUCUACGAAACAUUCUUCAAUCACAUGUUCAACAUCAACAAAAUAAAAAAUUGUUAAUAUUCAUUGCUACCGAUGGAAUACCCACUGAUGAUGAUGGAAAUCCUAAUCUUCCCGAGUUCAAACAUGUCAUGGAACAUGAACGUCAAGUAGACAACACUCAUGUAAUGUUUCUCAUUUGUACGGAUGAUUCAGAGACUGUCAGCUACUUGAGACAAUGGGAUGCAGAGAUGGUAAAUGUCGAUGUGACGGAUGAUUAUCAAACACAGAAAAAAAUGAUUCGGGAAAUACACGGAGCCAAUUAUCCAUUUUCAUAUGCUGACUAUGUGGUGAAGGUAUUGGUCGGUGCUAUAGAUCCUGAUAUUGAUCGUUCUGACGAUUUACCUGAUGAGGAUGAUAUUUUGAGUUAA